UGAGGCGUUACAUCUGUUAGCUGGCGAUAACGUGCUAGAUAGUGUUGAAGUCAGUACCGCCAUCUCUACUGCCAUUCUAUUGCCAGCCAACAUCAACCGAAUGGCUGAGCUAACUGAGUAUGAAAACUAUGCGCUGAUGAUACAACACUGCGUCUUGGCCAUUCAGCAAGGUCAUUCAUUCGCAGUCAAGGCCGAGGACUGUAAGAAAGAACUAACCCAAAAGACCAAGGAGGCAACCAAACUUCUCUCUGCGCUCAACAAAGCCGAGGCUCGCAUCCGAGGUCUGCUUGAUCAGGCCAAGGCUACUGAGUUAUCCUUGAAGGCAGCCGAGGACCGUGCCGAAGCUGCGAAAAAUGUCGCCGAGGUCGCUCAGGCCGAGGUAAAAGAGGCCAAAGAGAAAGAGGCCCAGGCCCAAACUGAGCUCCAAACGACACUAUCUACAAAGGCAGCUGAAAUCAGGGAGGCGGACGCGAAGGCCUACGCCGAGAGGGCAGCCGACAUCCGCGAGGAGUACAAAAAGCAAGUCAGACAAGCAUGCAACAUGGGUUACACCCUUAAUUGGAUGGCUGCUCUGAAAGAGUUGGUUGUCCCCGAGGACUCACUCCUCCGAGAUGAGAGCCGACUUGUAGUACCAUUCCGCCCUGCUCCAAGCCAAUCUGAGGGUGAGGCUAGGGGAGAAGAAAGAGAAGGAGAAGGAGAAGAAGUCGAGGUUGGAGCUGGCGGAGAGGGUUCUACUGGGGCCAAGUUCCCAACUCUCAAUGAGCAAAUCCUGGACUUGACUCGGGAUGAUGAGGACGAGGUCUCCAAGAGUACCUCUCCCAAAAGAGUCGUGUCAGAGGCCGAGGUAUAGACAGUCGAGAAGAGCCUCGACAAAACUCUUCAGAAGAUUAAUGUCGAGAUUGAAGCUGAGAGGACUGCGAGAAACUUUCCCAGCUAUGUGCCGAGGUCGAUACUCAACGACCCGUCAACGCAGAAUAGCCUGUCUAGAACCUUUUCUUUGUUUUGAUAUCUUGUACUUUUUCCUUUGUAGUCUCUGCAACUUUGUUAGACAAUGUUUUAAUUCCAGUCUAGCGAUGUGCCUUUUGUACUUUGAACAAGUUGUCUUUUGAAUACCAGCCUCCUCCU